CCCCGCCGAGCGGCGCGGAUGGCUGCGCCUUGCUGCCAGGCUGCGGCCCCGGGGAGGCGCCCGCCGCGCCCCAGCGCCUCGCCAUGAACAGCCCGUACAUCGCGCUGGAGCUGCUCAUCGCCCUGCUGUCCAUCGCGGGCAACGUGCUGGUGUGCUGGGCCGUGGCCACCAACCGCAAGCUGAAGACGGCCACCAACUACCUCCUGGUGUCGCUGGCCGUGGCCGACAUCGGCGUGGGCGCGCUGGCCAUCCCCUUCGCCAUCACCAUCAGCAUCGGCUUCCGCGCCGACUUCCACAGCUGCCUCUUCCUGGCCUGCUUCGUGCUGGUGCUGACCCAGAGCUCCAUCUUCAGCCUGCUGGCUGUGGCCGUGGACAGGUACCUGGCCAUCAGGAUCCCGCUCAGGUACAAGAGCCUGGUGACGGGGAAGCGGGCACGAGGCAUCAUCGCCGUGCUCUGGCUCCUGUCGUUUGCCAUCGGGCUGAUCCCACUGAUGGGCUGGAACAACGCCAUGGGUGGCUGCCCCAACACGACCAAUGCGUCGGCGGCGGCCAGGGAGAGCCGCAAGCCCUGCCAGGUCUUCUGCCUGUUUGAGAACGUGGUCACCAUGAGCUACAUGGUUUACUUCAACUUCUUCGGCUGCGUGCUGCUCCCUCUUGCCAUCAUGCUGGGCAUCUACAUCAAGAUUUUCAUGGUGGCCUGCAAGCAGCUGCGGCAGAUGGAGCUGAUGGGCCACUCCCGGGCCACCCUGCAGCGGGAAGUGCACGCGGCCAAGUCCCUGGCCAUCAUCAUGGGGCUCUUUGCCUUCUGUUGGCUGCCCCUGCACAUCCUGAACUGCCUCACCUACUUCAAGGGCUUCAGCCACAGCAGGCCCGAGUGGGUCAUGUACACAGCCAUCGUCCUGUCGCACACCAACUCCGUCGUCAACCCCGUCAUCUAUGCCUACCGCAUCCAGGACUUCCGCUGCACCUUCCGCAAGAUCCUCUCCCAGGUGCUUUGCAAGGCGGACAAUGGCCCCAAGUGCCCGAACGGCCACAGCCAGCACCUGACGGUCAGCAGCAUCAUCAGUGCCACCCCCACGUACGUUUGACCUGACCCGUCCCGGGCCUUGACGGCCUGGUCCUGGGAGCAAGGAUGCUUGGCUCCCCGAGAGGAGUCGCGCUAGGAGCCGUGUGCAUUUGUACUGGUUUUUAUGUGAAUUUUUCUAUGACCACAGUGCCUCGUAGAGGGAGGAUGUGACUGGGGCCUCUGCAUGGCUCACCCUGGAGGAUGCCUGGGGUGUGGGGUUGGGACUGGGCGCUAUCUCCUGCCCAGUCAGAGAUUGGACCUGAACCCCCGCCCUCCCAAUGCAGGCUCCCCUCAUCAUGCUGCUCGUCUCCACCCUUAAUUUUAUUUUCCUCCCCCGUCUCCUUCCUGUAACGAUCCCAGUUACUCAGGGCAGUGUGGCCCUGACGGCAUGUUAGUCUGAUCCUGGUUGGGUUUUUUUUCUUCCAUCAAUUGUUUGAUGCAGCUUGUAUUCUCCCAUGGGAAAUCCUCUUCCUGUCACCCAGUUGCUGGUGUGACCCAAAGCUGUGUGCCAGGCUCCGGAGGAGCAGGCCGUGAGCGGGAGGCCACUCGGGGCAGAGCUGGCGUCGCUCCUGUGGGGAUGUCAGAGGAGAGAGGGGCUGGGAUGGCAGGAAGGUGCCGCUUCCUCAACCUCCUCAGCUCCCCCAUUCCCGGUGCGAUAUCCUGCCCUGGCAGUGGCUAUAGGACUGGGUAGGGCCCCUCUGAAUCUCACUGGGCAAGGCUCUGUGUUCAAGCCCUGCAGCCAGCAUGGGCCAAAGCCCAGCUGCUGUUCUGAGGCUGCCCGGGGAGUCCAGGCGGUUGCGGAUGCCUUUGCCCUUGCGCGGGUGUUGUUGAUCCGCUGUGUAAAUGGCUCAGAUAUUCCCAGCAGGGAGUCAGCAGCCGGAGACGCUGCUGAAGCAGGCACCCCAGUGCCCGCCUGACUCCGUGCAGCAGGCCCAUGUCACGGCCAGCGCUGUAACUCAGUGUCCAGCUCGUCCCCGGUCACUGCACGCGGUGUGUCUCAUCCAUGUCUGAGCCCUGUUUGGUCUGUGCAUGGCGCACGCAACUGGAUAAAGGUGGGAAGAACCAG